AUGGCCUCUGCGCAGUCACCUCCUUCAGAAAUGAAAGCCUGGCUCUACUCCAGCACCACAAAUGGACUAGAAAAGAACCUCAAUUUCGACGCGUCAGCACGCGCACCACCAGCCGUCCAUGGCAACAAUGUCCUGGUGAAGGUUCUCUCCGCCUCACUCAAUCCAGCCGAUUUCAAAGUCCCCGAAAUGGGACUUGUCGCGCGCAAACUCGUAAUUGGCACACCGGCAUCCCCAGGAAUGGAUUUCUGCGGCCGGGUCGUUGUCGCUGGCGAUAACGCGACCGAGUUUUCUCCAGGCCAGCUCGUCUAUGGCUGUCUUAGCAGACCCUCACAGUUUGGCUCGCUGGGCGAGUACCUCAUCGCAUCAGCAAGUCUUCUUGCACAUCUGCCGGAGGGCGUGGAAAUAGACCACGCUGCUGCUAUUGGCAUUGCAGGCCAAACGGCGUACCAGGCUCUGGCUGGGUACGUCAAUGCCGGCGAUAAGGUGUUUAUCAAUGCUGGUUCUGGAGGAUGUGGUAUUUACGCGAUUCAGAUUGCCAAAGAGAUGGGAUGCCAUGUCACGACUACCUGCUCGACGAAGAAUGUGGAGUUUUGUCGUGGACUAGGUGCUGAUGAAGUUAUUGACUACUCCGUUGAGAAGGACUUGGUCGCUACGCUGCGUGAUCGUGGGGUUGUUUUUGAUCAUAUUGUUGAUCAUAUUGGACAGCCUGCACCGCUCUAUCGUGAGUCGCAUCACUUCUUGGCACCUGGCAAGGCAUUUGUCCAGGUUGGUGCGUCCGCUAUGACGACUUUUGUUGAUAGGUUGGUUUGGCCUGGGUUCUUGGGAGGUGGAAGGAGGAAGUAUGUUAUCUUCUUCUUCAAGAAUACUCGUGAAGAUCUUGUGAAGAUUGGUGAAUGGGUGCAGAAGGGGGCUGUCAAAGUCCAGCUAGAUACUGCCUUCGAAUUUGAGGAUGCUAUUCAGGCAUUUGAGAAGCUUCGCUCUGGCCGUGCCAGGGGAAAGAUCGUUGUGCAUGUGGCUAAGCCAUGA